AUGGAGCUGCUCCCCGACCGUGCGCACGUGCGGCUGCGGAGCCCCGCGCACGGGACGUACCUGUACGCCGACGAGGACGGGGUGGGCGUCUCGCUGAGGUCGCGCCGCGCCUCGCUGAGCACGGUCUGGGCGGUGCACCGGGUGGAGCGCAGCGGCAACAGCUUCGUCCUCCUGCACAGCGCCGCCUACGGCCGCUACCUCGCGUCCUUACCGGAGUACAUCAACUACGCACGAGACGGAGUCGACGGAGUCGUGCAGUGCUGCUACUUCAAUGACCUAGACCAGCAAGACAUCCUCUGGGAGGCCGUCGGGUACCGGGGCGACGCCCUAUUCCUCCACAACCCCGAGAACCGCAGAUGGUCACGGCUUUGGGCGGUCGAGGCCGUCCCCGCUAGGGUGGGACCGCCACUUCUUCCACCGCCGACUCCGAAUCCCAUGCUGCUGCGCCGCAUGAUCCUGUACAUGAAAGCAGACGAAUACGGGAAUAUUGACUAUGAGAGCACCAAGCUCUUAGUCUUCGAGGGCCAUUCAGUGUCCCGCCUCAGGGACGAGUUGGCAUUCCUGCUGGAGGAGUGGCACGCUGUUAGAAUUACUAUGUGCGUGUGGGCAGGCUCUCACGGGCGGCUGACCCCUCUGGUCGUCGACCUGCCUCUCAAUAACCAAACUGUGGAGAUUGUUGUUUAUGAGAGCUGGUCCAGAGCAGCCCAAGGGCUACAGUACCCAAACGUCGACGCCCCGUAGAGGAAUAGCAGAGUCAAGACUUCUGACAACAAAACCAGACUUGACAAUCAAAACAUCAAUGCUUCGGAAACAAUGAGUUGAGAAUCGGCUGUACUUCUUUUAUCCCGAUAGUUGAUUAGCUAAAGAAAACUCAGCAUGUCCUGUUUUUGGUACUAGUAGGGUUGAUGCGUUUUGCU